AUGAACUUGUGUAAUGUCUGUGUUUCUCUCGAAACAUCCCAGUACGACUCGGAGAGUCUCUUGACCGCAUCAGUCCCACCUGCUUGCACGAGAUCACGGGGCACUUUGAUUGCUGCUGAGUUUCAGAACUUGUACGGUCUCGAGGUGGCAGCUGCUCUACGUACUCCUCCUGUCAUCAGCGCACCUCCUCUCAAUCCAGCAGCUGUGCAAGCCUCUAAAGCCAUGUCUUUACAGUGGAUUUCAGCAUCUGUUGAUGAUCCUGCUCGCCGUUUAGAGAAGCUGAAACGCACUGACAUCCAGAUAUGUAUUCCUCGAUUAGCGCCACGCUAUCGCACACUCUACAACAAGCUCUCUCAUCGAAAAACGUGUGAUGCACUAAUCAUACCCAGCAACGCGUACUGCACCUAUUUCAUGCUAGAGCAAGUGUUUUGGGCUGUUUUCUGUCAGAUUCUUGCUCAUGAGUUUGGCGUGCUCGUUACUGAACGUUUGUCACAGGAAAUUGUCUCGCGCUUUGUCAAGGACAUGUCAGCCCGUCUAGAAUGCAAACAGAAUGCGCUGGCAGAGCAGUCAUUUCGGCGUAUGCAGUUGCUGCCAUGUGCAGCCUACACGAAGAAAGCUCUCCAUGAUCCUAAAGGCAAAAGGAAGGUUACUAACGAGCUCGGAGGUCAGUCACCUGCUAAGAACUCAAAGUUAUCGACGGAGAGCCAUGACAUCUUUGAUAUUGAGCUGGAGGCUGAUGAUGAUUAGCCUGACUCGAAUACUAUUGUCAAAUUUCAAGUGGUGCUGCAUCUGAUCUGCGAAGCGCCUGGCUUUUAUAUCGAUAGACUGUUUACUACCAAUCCGUCGUCAUUUUUUGAAGUUGAAGUCGGGGACUGGCGCUUCCCAGCG